CGACGGACCAUAGAAGAACGACUUCGUCCAACUAUUCGCAAUGCGGAGAGGGAGAGGGAACAAUACGCUGUAAAAGCAAAAAUGACAGGCUGGGCGUUGAACGUCGCGAUAGGUUUACAAGUUUUACUCGGGGCGCUUACUACGGGUCUUUCGGCGGCAUUGUCCGGUAAGCAGAUUUCGAUCGUUGUCUCUGUUCUAGGUGGCAUGUCGACCAUAGUUGCCUCCUAUCUUGCUCGCGCAAGGGGAUCAAAUGAACCAGAACUAUCUAUCGCUCGCGUGAAGGACCUGGAUCAAUUUUUAAGAGACUGCCUUGCCUUUGAAAUGGACCAUGGGCAUCAAUAUGGAACACCCGAAAAUGAGCUGAAUCAUCAGCUCGAGUAUCUCAGAAGAAGGUUUGAGGAACUUCUUGGAAAUGCUGAUGGGUAG